AUGAAACCUCAGACACCGGUAUUCAACAUGAAGGUCGACAACUCGAACAUGGAAUCUGAAGCUGCAUCACCCUCUGCCAAGACUCCUUCUCCAAGCAUUCAUCAAGCUUCUAGUCUCGCUUCCUCGGGGUACCACACCAGACAGUCGCCGCAUACGUCUGCAAACGAUGGUUCCAGAGACCAGAGCGAUCUUGCAACAGAAUACUCUGACACCGAGUCCAGCUCAGGCAGCAGUCUCGUAUCAUCAGAGGAAGAACACCUCCAGGAUAGAUCUAGGCGUCCUGUUGAACUUGGAGGUGGACUCGAUACACUAGUCACCAGUGAGCUGGAUCGAAAGGGUAUCAUCGACGAGUCAGACUCUGAGUUGUGGAAGGUGGAAGAGCGGACACCUUCAAACGGCCGGAAAUCACCCAGAGUCAACUACACAGCUCGUGCACCAUUCCGGGGGGACGGUGGCGUACCAAUAGUAGAUCUACACCACAAACCGGCCCAUGAAGUCGAACCGAGCGAGAUCACGGAUCUCGGUAACGGCCAAUACAUGCGCGAUCCAGAUAGGAAAUCUCGGUUUCUCCAGCGGCGAAAAAGUCGCAACCAUGCCAAAGACAGGAAGUCGCUCCAAACACAACUUUUUCAGUCUCUCCACCCGCUUGAUGACGAAGAGAAAGAAAAAGGGUUCAUACCUAUUGAUCUGUUACCUCUGCUCAUCACCGAAGAAUCUGUCUACAAGGAACUAUCAGGUCCCCUCCGAGAGACCCAUGAUGAGAAAACCAUCCGGAGAUACGCGCGCAAGAUUUGUGCCGAGACAACCGAGAAUUAUAUAGAGGGCGACAAGCCCAAAACAAAGACCAUAACGUUUCGUAAAGUCUUUGCGAUCCUGGUCCUUGUGGAGAAGUCUCCUUCUAUCACCAAGUUCCUCAAAGAAAACAUAAACGACUCGGAUUUGCCCUUGGUCAGAGUCAGCAACCCAAAGAGACCUGGCGAAUGCGAUUUACGUUGUUCGAGGGAGCGGGACAAACAGCUCAAGUGUUUCCGAGGGAGCUGGUCACCUCUACAGAUUCGGAAUUUCGCAUCGUGGCAAUUCGUCACUCUGGCCCCUUUUUUCGCCAAAAGCGAGCUGUACAAGGAAGUCGAGCACUACGUUCUACAGGACGGGAUCAUCAUGCCUUUUCUGACGGACCCGAACAAGCAAGCCAUAUCCAACGAUCCCUUUGUCGAGUGGGUUAAAGCGGGUCCUAAUAAAACACUGCAGUGUCCUCGAGAACCAUCAUGCAUCUGCACCUUCGCCAUCAAGCGUCUCCAUUCCCAAAAUAAAGAUCACUUCAAAAGAGAAGUUGACAUGCUGAAGAAGUUCAGCAACUUUGCACACCCACAUCUCAUAUCCUUACUAGCCACCUAUGAACAGCGAAACAGUUUCUUCCUGAUCUUCCCCUGCGCCAAAUCCGACCUACUUUCUUACUGGGAAAAGUUCGAGGCCAGACCGAAAAUGGACCACGGCACUGUGAAAUGGGUGGCACAUCAGUGCAAAGGAAUUGCAAGCGGUGUGUUGAAAAUUCACGAGUAUUCAAGCACCAACUCAAAGCUGGGCAACACCCUGAAGCCAGGUCCACGGGAACCAUUUGGCCAUCAUGGGGACAUCAAGCCACAGAAUGUGCUGGUCUUUUUAGACAAUGCUCAAGAUGGCCCAACUCAGGAUCAUUGUUCCACAUGGAAGAGUCGAGGCACCCUCAAGCUCACAGACUUUGGCCUGGCUUCCACAUCUUCUCAUCGCACCAUAUCCCGAAAGCCACUCUCUCAUGUCGGAAUGACCUACAACUAUCGAGCACCCGAGUGCGAUCUUCCUUCCAACCAAGAUCCAAAAGGCCGUCAGUACGAUAUGUGGACGCUUGGAUGUUUGUACCUAGAGUUUGUCACUUGGCUCAUGGGAGGGAAAAAGCUCCUCGACGAAUUCACACAGCUUAGAGCAGGGCCCUUUAGCGCUGAAAGUCUGAAGCACAGAACAAAACUGGACAUCUUGUACGGUGGUGGUCUCAUUCCACCUGAGAUCACCAGCGAUGCCUUCUUCAUGAUCGAGGAGGACCACAGCAUAGAAGGACAGAAAAGAGGGGGUCUCAAGGGAAUAGUCAAGCCGGCUGUCACCGAGAGACUACACGCCGACCCAGCAUGCACCGGGUUUUUGCAUGACUUCUUGGAUAUGAUACAAGAUGGACUACUGGUCGUCAAGCAGUGCGACCCAGGGAAGCUGGACAGGUACGAGAUUCAGCAGGUCUACGGCAAGCUCUGCAAGAUGGAGCAGGAGUGUGAGAAGUGGGAGUACAGCUGCGGACCAGCGUCGAGGUGA